CGGCGAAAGGGAGACGACGACGAGGAGUAUCCAUAUGCCCUCCCUCUCGUCUGACCUGCCACGGCAAAGAAGCCAGCCAGGCAGCCAGCCUAGCAGUUGACUUUUCUACUGCCCCGCCCACCCCGAUGCCCUCCGCCUCCCGACGGAGGCCCCCGCCGCCGCACCGCCGUCGCGCCAUGCUCCCCACCUCCUCCACCCUCUCCGUCUCCGCACCCACGCCCCCAAAGCCUCUCUACCUCCGCCGCUCGCUCAUUGCCGCCGCCGCCGCCGCUCUGGCCGUGCUUCUCCUCCUCGCCGCCGCCUACGCCCCCUGGAGAUCCGACCUCCCACCGCCCGCCCUCCUCAGCCGCCCAGCGGCGCCCACCGCCAGGUUCUACUCCUUCGACCUCGUCCGCGAGUACCCCCACGACCCGGACGCCUUCACCCAGGGUCUCUUGUACGGGGGAAAUGACACUCUUUUCGAGUCCACUGGCCUUUACCACAGGUCUUCAGUCCGAAAGGUUGAGCUUCCAACUGGAAAAGUUCUGGUUCACCAUGAAAUGGACGGGUAUAUGUUUGGAGAAGGUCUAACUCUUCUAGGCGACAGAUUGUUUCAAGUCACCUGGUUGAAGAACGAUGGAUUUAUAUAUGAUCGACAUAACUUCACCAAACGCAAGAGUUUUACCCACAAAAUGCGAGAUGGUUGGGGUCUGGCGACUGAUGGAAAAGUUCUUUUUGGUAGUGAUGGUACUUCAAAGUUAUAUCAGAUGGAUCCAAAGUCAUUUGAAGUCAUGAAAAUGGUGACUGUCAAGUAUCAGGAUAAUGAAGUCCCCUUUAUUAACGAGCUGGAAUAUAUAGAUGGUGAAGUAUGGGCAAAUGUCUGGCAGACAGACUGCAUAGCUAGAGUCUCCCCUGAAGAUGGCCAAGUGCUGAGCUGGAUCUUUCUUCAUGAGCUGAGGCGGAACUUGUGGAAUUCUGGUAACACGGUUUGUCAGGGUAACAGGAUUGAACAAAAUAUCGAUGUCCUAAACGGAAUAGCUUGGGAUGAAGGAAAUCACAGAUUAUUUGUGACAGGAAAGUUGUGGCCAAAGCUUUAUGAGAUCAAGCUACGGCCAGUGGAUGGUCCAGCUGAUGGAUCUGUAGAAAAGCUUUGCCCAAAAGCUAGCUUUUAUCGCUGAGGGAGUGUCCACUCAAGUAUGAGCAAUUGCUAGAGGCUGGUAUAGCUGUAGCUUUUAUAGUAGUAAGAUGUUGUAACCUGUAUGGUUGUGUUACUCUUGUUCAGAAGAGUACCAUGUUUUGCUGUGAUAUGAUGCACCAUCACGUAUUUGAAUUUGAAAUGAAAGGAAAUGAAAUAUUUUGUUGCCUAAAGCCUA